UAGAAAUUUUUUGACAGUGCGUAGUAUCACGAAGUGUGCAACGUUAUUGAGUUACUGGUGGCAGAAUGAACAGAGGAGCCAUUUGCGCGUGGAGAAGGUUCAACAGUUCCGUGAGUGCUGGUGGGGCGUCAUGUUCGACCAAGUUUGUACCGUUGAUAGAGAACUACAAGACGUUGAAGCAUAUCCACUUUGAUGGGAUUACUCCGUUCGACAAGGGACAAGCCAUCCAGAAUAUGAUGGUGAAUGCCAAUCUUGACUUCAAGAAGAUCGAGAGUAAGAUUCGAAAACAGAAGCUGAUUGCGGCUUCUCAAGGUUUAGUUUUGAAUGAUUAUGAGAAUGAGUUGCUUACUAAGAUCUUGGAUAUCAAGCCCAGUCCAACAUUAUUAACAUUUGAAUUUGAGAAUGUAUAUACUGGGGGGAAGAAGUUGAAGCAAGAUCCUUCCAUGGUUGAAAAGAUCGCUCAGUUUGAAAGUUUGGGAUGUAAAUAUCAUCAGUUAGAAAGAGGAGGUCAGAUCACUUGGCAUGGGCAGGGUCAACUAGUGGCGUAUCUCAUUUUGGACUUAAAGCAGUUCAAGAAUUUGUCAGUUCGAUGCUUUGUGGAUUCGGUCUUAUUGAAGUCGGUUCAGAACUUGUUGAAGAAGAACUAUGACUUAGAUAGCUAUACCAAUGAGAAUCCAGGAGUGUGGAUGGCUAAGAAUGACUUUAAGAUUGCUAGUGUAGGUUGUAAUAUUCAGAGAGCCAUUACUUCUUAUGGGAUUGGCCUUAACGUUGCACCAGACUUGAAGUUCUUAAAUACGUUUGAGAUGUGUGGGUUACCGAAUACCACUGCCACAUCUAUUCAAACGUUACAACCCGAAUUGACAUCUCUUAGUGUUAAGGAAGUGGGUGAUUUGUAUGCUAGGGAAGUAGCCAAGUUGUUGAAUAUUGAGGUAGUUCAGCACCAAAGUGGAGAUGACAUAGAGAUACAGUAAUAACUUGUACAUAGAUAGAGAAGUGUAUAGUAUACCAUUUUCUACA